CCAACAAAUUUCAAGUAUCGAUUGUGUGAGAAGAGCAGAAUUCAUUGUUUAUCCAAUCGAUAGAUUGUAAACUUCCUUUUCGAAACCAAUUCGCCAAGAUGGUGAACGUUCCAAAGACCAAGAGAACAUUCUGCAGGAGCUGCAAGUCCCACAAGGUGUUCAAGGUAGCACAGUACAAGAAGUCCAAGGAAAGGAUUGCUGCACAGGGUCGCCGGCGCUAUGACAAGAAGCAGGCUGGUUUUGGUGGUCAGACCAAGCCAAUCUUCAGGAAGAAGGCCAAGACCACGAAGAAGAUCGUGCUGCGGUUGGAAUGCACCGCCUGCAAGCAUAAGCGUCAGGUGCCCAUCAAGCGCUGCAAGCACUUCGAGUUGGGAGGAGACAAGAGAAGGAAGGGAGUGAUGAUCCAGUUCUAAACAUGUUGUAUCUCGCGUGUCAAUAAAUCCUCCAACUCUGUGUUA